AAUAGAGCAGUGUCAAAGCUGAUACAAUGCUGUAACGUUCGGGACACGUUUGUGAAAUAUUUUCUUGGCAAUCGUUGUACGACUGAAUUUGGUGAGCUGCAGAAUCGUUUCCAUCUAUCACACUUGAAGACUUGAAGCCUAUUAAUAGUAUAAAAUAUUAAUCAUUUACAUAAUUUCCGACAUUGUUCUUUUCGUAUAUGCAUGAUAAAUGUCGACUUUUUAUAAAUAUGUAUGCUCUCAAGUAUUGAAUUAUACCAAAUCGUGAAAAGUAGAUAUUUACCGUUUUUUUAAUAUAAUCUCAUACCAAGAGGGAGGAUUAUUUCCAUAAAAUAGGAAAUUGCAAAGAUUUGUGGAAACAUCUUUUCACCGAAGUUUUAUUCGACACGCAAGCUGGAAGUGAUUUUAAAUAAAGUCUGCAACAUAUAUACUAAACAAAUAAAACUCGAAACAAAUAUUUUAUUUUAUUAACAACAUAAUGGAACAGAAACAUUUCGUAUUUAAAUUAUUAGACAAUAUGCUAAUAGGCGAAAGACUUUUGACUAAUAAUGAUGGGCAGAUUAGAAACAUCGGAAUAUUAAUUUUAAAUGGUCUUAAAUCUCAGCCGGACUUUAUAGCACAGGUAGAUGCAACGUCGGCGAAAGAAAUUACAUUUCAGGAAAUAAGAAAUACAACUGUUAAACUGGCAUUAUGGAUGAACAGUUUAGGUGUUUCUGUAGGUGACGAAAUAGGAAUAUCCUCGAGACAUUAUGCAGUUCUGUAUAUUUUCCUAGCGUGCCUGUAUAUUGGCGCUAUACCAGUUCUAUGGAAUGAAUAUUAUGAUUUGGAAACGUCGUUUAUUAUUGCACGCACAGUUAGUGGGAAACUUCUUUUCAUCGACGAAAUGUUCGCUAACACUUAUCACCAUGAAUUAAAAGUGCUAAAGCCCAAAAAAGUGAUAAUUAUGAGCUGGUUUGCUGGUCUCGUAGAAUUCAUUUCAUAUGAGGUUUUGGAGAUAGAAAUUGACUCAAAAUACAACCAAAGAAUGGUUGAUCAUUUCCGUUGCGUCGAAGUAGACGAAUAUAGAAAACAUACCGCGGCAAUACUAUAUACUCGUCACAGUGGGGCCCAAAGAGGUAUAAAAAUUCCUCAUGCAUUGUUUAAUGCACCUGUGAAUGAGCAAGUGUUUGAUAUAUUUCCCGAUGGCGUAGGCAUGUGGGUAGGAUCUUUCAGUUUAUCCAUUAACAUGCUAUUGGCCGUCUAUUCGAUACUUUCGUCCAAGCGAAUGAUUAGAUUUAUGGGCAUUAUGAGGGAAGAAAUGUGUUAUGUUAUAGGGAAGCACAAGAUUGACUGGGUGCUACUUGAAACUCAGAUGUGCGUAGAAAUUACCAACUCUAACAUGCUUCAAAAAUAUAAUCUCUCCUGUUUGAAGCAGAUAAUAUACAGCGGUGCGGAAUUCCCAUAUCACGAUUAUAAAAGUCUCAGCUUAUCGCUGCCGAACACUAUGAUCGUGGGACUAUACUAUACGGCUGAGACGGGUAUCAUUUCUUGUCAAAUAAGAAACAAUAAAAUUAAAUCAAGUGGUCAUAUUGGAAAAAGCGUCAAGUUGAAAAUUAUCGAUUUCGUCACAAAAAAUCCAGUAUGCUCGAAUACAUAUGGGGAGAUCUGUUGUUAUUGUAUAGGCAUGGCGCAUAUCGCAUGUGACUUUUACAAAGUUAAUUAUUCAACAGUAAGCCCUGACGGAUGGUUCUACACUAAUGAUAUUGGCUACUACGAUAAUGAUGGUGACAUAUUCGUCAUGGGCCGAAAAUCAAAUCUUAUUAAUUUUAAAGGCUACUACUACUCACCAAUUACAAUCGAAAACUUUAUAAGCAGAUACAGCGCUGUAGAUAAAGUAGCUGUGGUGGCUACGAAAAACGAGCAAGAUGUGGAUCAUCCAACUGCGUAUAUCCUGAAAAAACCGGGACAAUAUGUAGACGCAGAAGCCGUGAUCGCUGAGGUGGAUGCAAAAUUUGAUGACCAUAUGAAGCUUCGCGGUGGUAUAAAAAUCGUAAAUGAGAUGCCGGGCAUGAUAGACGGCAAUAUCGAUCGGUUUGCCCUUGAUGAUGAUAUAAUUGAACCAGUCCUUUUUGUUCCCUAUAAAGCAAAAACAUCCUAACAAGAUCUGCAAAAGUAAACCCUUUCCUAUACAUAUAUAUAUACCGUGUGUUUCAGACCACCCGGGUCAUCCGAUUUUUUCGGUAACGCGACAUUUUAGAGAAAAAUAUUUCAGA